UAACUGAAAAGCAAAUUCAACAAGUUGAAACUGAACAAGCAUAUUACUAUAUUAUUACUACUAGUCUUUCUUCUUCCCUCAAUUACUUACUGCUCUUCUACUACAUGUAUGUAUGUAUGUAUAUGUUGAAGAAGAUGUGUGGAUGUGUGUGUAACUGAAGGUAGUCUCUUUCAGUACAGGAAGGAAGAAGCAGUUUUGUUUAGUAUGUCGGGAACACUUGACCGUUCCCCCCGGACUUUCAUUGAUGGGGCCUCUAGUUGGGAUGACAAAAAAGAGGGCCGGUUAGACUAUGAGGGUCCUACAGAUGAAAGAAGGAGAAAGAGUGGAAGUUUUAAGAAGAGAGCAGCAAAUGCAUCUAGCAAAAUCAAGAAUUCCUUCAAGAGGAAAGGGAGCAGGAGAAGCAAUAGCCAACUUUCAUUUCCCAUAGAGGAUCUUCGGAGUGCUGAAGAGCUAAAGGCGGUAGAUUCUUUUAGGCAAGCACUAGCAAAGGCUAAUCUGCUACCCUCAAGAUUUGACGAUUAUCAUACGAUGUUAAGGUUUUUGAAAGCUCGGAAGUUUGAUAUUGAGCAAACAAAAUCCAUGUGGGCUAACAUGCUUCAAUGGAGGAAGGACUUUGGUGCCGACACUAUUUUGGAGGAUUUUAAGUUCUCCGAGUUGGAUGAAGUUCUACAACAUUAUCCUCAGGGUUAUCAUGGUGUUGAUAAGGGGGGAAGGCCUGUUUAUAUUGAGAGAUUAGGGAAGGCUAAUCUAAGUAAGCUUAUGCAAGUGACGACUUUGGAGCGUUAUGUCAAGUACCAUGUCCAGGAGUUUGAGAAGACUCUAUGCAUUAAGUUCCCAGCCUGCUCCAUUGCUGCAAAAAAACACAUAAAUUCAAGUUUGACAAUUAUUGAUGUUCAAGGCCUGGGUUUUAAAAAUUUUAACAGUACCGCUCGAGAAGUUAUGGAGAACCUGAAGAAGAUUGAUAGCAACUACUAUCCUGAGACUCUCCACCGAAUGUUUGUGGUAAAUGCUGGCCCUAGCUUUAGGAGUCUGUGGAACAUAGUUAAGAAGAUUCUUGAUCCCAAAACGGCUUCUAAGAUUCAGGUUCUUGGCAACAAGUACCAGAACAAAUUGCUUGAAGUAAUUGAUGCAAGUGAGUUACCAGAGUUCUUAGGUGGUAGCUGCACAUGUGCUGAUCGAGGAGGUUGUUUAAGAUCUGAUAAAGGACCAUGGAAAGACCCCAAUAUAUUAAAAAGCAUUGCACAGAGUUCUAUACUAAUCAGCAACAUAUCAAGUGAUGAGAUCAAAUCGGUAAAAGGUAUAGAGACACCCAGUGUUGUGUCUGGAUAUAAGGCUGACGAGAUCUCUUCACCCAUAACAAAUGGAUAUUCGGAACUUAGUCUCUCUCCUGCUAGUAAAGAAGUGGUUGCCGACAGACAAUUUUUGUGUGAUGAUGAUGUCCCUGUGAUAGAUAAGGCUGUUGAUGCAGAAUGGAAGAAACAAGAGACCCUUCAGGUCAAUACCUCAAGAGGAGGGAUGGUGAUUGGACCACUUAUUGCUCAGUUUUGGGCCAAUUUUGUAGCCUUCUUUAUGGUACUUUUUAGUUUCAUGUGUUCUGUAAGAUGCCUGGUGGCAAAAGGAACUUCCACUUCACUAUCUGGUGCUUCCCUAAAUCCUUUAAUAUCGGAAAGUAGACACAGGUCAACCGAGGAACUCUCUUCUCUUUCAAUUGGUAGCAUGCGUGAGGGAGAUGGGCUCACAACUCUUGUGCAAAAGUUUUGCGAGCUUGAAGGAAAGGUGAACAUGUUACUGACAAAGUCCUGUGUCAUGCCUAAUGAGAAAGAGGAAUUGCUAAAUGCCGCUGUUUGUCGUGUGGAUGCACUAGAGGCUGAAUUAAUCUCCACUAAAAAGGCUUUGCAUGAAGCACUGAUACGGCAAGAAGAACUACUUGCAUAUGUAGAUAGUCAAGAAGUAGCUCGGUCCAAGGCUAAGAACUCUUGCUGGUGACUGAAAGUCUGAAAUGGUUUACUUAAAGCUCGGCCGAAUCUGGAUUGUGUGUAUAGAAUUGCUCCCCACGAGUUCUGAUAUUACCUUUGGUUAGCACUUCUUUUGGCUGUUGUGGUUGUAAUAUUGUGCUGCGUGUGCUUAUGUUGAGUAUCACCCUGCUGGAGAUUUUGUUUAAACCUACACAACUGAAAUAUGGUGCAGCAAAGCAAUUAAGGUUGGGCUGUACUCAAUAUUUGUGUAAUUAUAACAAUAAGUUUUAGUAAAUUCUAUUUACAUAUCAUAAUUUAUACUCCA